AUGCCCUCCUCAUGUUCAUCAUCUUUACAUGUGAUUGAAGUUGCAAGAAGGCAAGAUAAAGUGAGGGAAUCUAGUGGGAAUGUUGGUAAUUUGUCAAAAUAUGAAGUUGCUCAAGCUAGGCUUCAGGAAUUGAAGUCAAACAUGAUUGUAUUGGAAAAUCAGCUUAUAAAGACUAAUCAAGUGAACAUACUAACUAGAUCACUUCUCCUUAAGCAAAAACAGAAGUCUGGAACAACUUCACAGAAUAGAAAGGGUGCAGACACAAACGAGGGUUCAAGAAAGAGGGACCCAGAAAGAACUGUGGAUGGUAGGUCUCCUGCUAAGAGGGCAACAUCCACGACCCAAAAUGGGUCCCGCCAAGAUGCAGAGAACAUGCUAAAGCGUGCAGCUGAGGCUGUUGCAGCCAAAUUUAGAGACUCUAAAACUACAUACAUGCUAGAAACAGCCUACAGGAAACACAAAUCUCCUUCAGUGGAGAAUGCCAAUAAAACCCAAGUAAGCUUAUUUCUUGCAACAUCAGGACUCUCUGUAAAAUCUCCUGCCCCUUGUGCUGAAUAUAUUCCAGACAUAUUGAAAUUAGAAAUACCUGAAAAUCUAUAAAGUUGGACUGUUGAGAGGUGCAGGAUGAACUGAUUACAAGGCUGAGAGGGAGAGGCAGCUGUUCCUUGGAUCCUUGAGGAUACGAAAGAAGUAUUCUUUACAAGAACUCUUAGCAUACUGAAGAACACUUUAGAUAUUUGUUUCAGGAAAACUCAAGAAAUCCCUUGUUGAUAAAUAAACAUUAUUUUUGUUCUUUUUACGUGUUUUUUUUUCUUAUUUUGCUUGUAGUUGUUUCAUGACCUGAGGAUCUGAUACACCUCUGGUCCCUCCUCUAGAAGACCCAGAAUCCGCACUUAGGAGGAACAAAGGAAAAGCCGUUAGAGAAUCCGUUUCUUCAAAGAACUCACCAUGACCUUAAUAACCAACAAGAAGUU